UUAUAUAUUUUUGUCCAAUUGAAAACUCACAACUUCUCUCAAACUUUCCCAAUUUCUUCAAUGGUCGCCGCCUGUGCUGAAGAAAAGGGAGGAAGAAAGAGGCGACCAAAUUAAUUAUCUGUCUAUCUGGAUCUUGUCUUACUUCCUUAAUCAUCACAACCAUCAUUGUCUUCCAUCAAUUCUACACUUGUUUCUCGAUUUCUCUUUAGUUUAAUUUCCGGCGACGACGGUAGCUCGAUCGAAGCUCCGGUAGCAAGUCUGUCUAUGUCGGGAGAUUUCCAGUUUCUGGGAGCUGGCUGAGGUUCUCUUCUGAUUGAACCUUUUUGUGAUUCUUGUCUGGUCCUGGACAUGUUUGCUGUCUAUAUAAUUCUCUAGAUGCAUCACUGUCUCGACGGUCAAGGGCGUGGUGGUGCUGGUAAGACGGGCAUGAGGAACAAGCACCGGAGGCGAACUUCUUGGCCGUGCAAUGCCGGACUCAAAUGUUCGAUGCCUCUUGCGAUCGCCUGCCUCGUCGGGAUCCUCUUGAUGCUUCACUUGUACACAUUCACGACGCAAACAAAUGUAAUCUCAAACGAGGUGGAUAGAGUGGGGAAGAUCAACCGCGUGCUUUUACGCGAACUAGAAGUUGUCGAGGAGGAAAACAUUCAAAUGCCGCCUCCAAGGAAGAGAUCUCCGCGCGCCGUCAAGAGAAAACCGAAGCCCACUCCUACGUUGAUCGAUGAGUUUCUAGAUGACUCAUCCCGGAUUAGGCAUGUGUUCUUUCCCGGCAUAGAAAUGGCGGUCGAUCCUACGAAGCAUGAUGUCGGGAAUGACACGUUCUACUAUUAUCCCGGGAGAGUGUGGUUGGACACCGAAGGACGACCUAUUCAAGCCCACGGUGGAGGUGUUUUAUACGACGAAAAUUCGAGAACUUACUAUUGGUACGGCGAGUAUAAAGACGGCCCGACUUACCACAUUCAUAGGAAUGCGCCGGCACGGGUUGAUGUCAUCGGCGUCGGAUGUUAUUCUUCGAAGGACCUAUGGGCGUGGAAAAACGAAGGCAUUGUUCUCACGGCUGAGGAGAAAAAUGAGACGCACGACCUCCACAAGUCAAACGUGCUCGAGAGGCCGAAAGUAAUUUACAACGACAAGACGGGGAAAUACGUAAUGUGGAUGCACGUCGACGAUGCAAACUACACAAAAGCCUCAGUCGGCGUGGCCAUCAGUGACUCGCCCACCGGCCCGUUUCGCUACCUCUACAGCAAACGCCCCCACGGGUUCGACAGCCGGGACAUGACCCUCUUCAAAGAUGACGACGGCGCGGCCUACCUCAUCUACUCGUCGAACGACAACAGCGACCUCCACAUCAGCCCGCUCGACGAUGACUACGUCGACACGACGAACGCGGUGCGAAGAAUCCUGAUCGGGCAGCACCGCGAAGCGCCGGCGCUGUUCAAGCACCGGGGGACGUAUUACAUGAUCACGUCGGGAUGCACGGGAUGGGCUCCGAACGAGGCGAUGGCGCACGCGACGGAGUCGAUCAUGGGGCCGUGGGAGACGAUGGGGAACCCGUGCGUUGGCGGGAACAAGAUGUUUCAGACGACGACGUUUUUUGCGCAAAGCACGUUCGUAUUGCCCGCGCCGGGGCUGCCGGGGCUGUUCGUUUUCAUGGCGGACCGGUGGAAUCCGGCGGAUCUCCGGGACUCGAGGUACGUGUGGCUGCCGUUGAUGGUCGGCGGCGCGGCGGAUAAGCCGCUGGACUAUGAUUUUGGGUUCCCGUUGUGGUCGAGAGUGUCGAUAUAUUGGCAUAAGAGAUGGAGGAUUCCUACGCCAGGCGAAUGAGGGGUUUUUUUUUUUUUUUUUUUUUUUAUUUUAUUAUUUAUUUUAUCCAUAUUUUUGGGAUUAUAGAGUUAGUUGUAAAUUUUAUGGUUAGGGUAUUAUUGUUGGUGAUAAUAAUUCUUGGAUGAUAUAUAUAUAUAUAUAUAUGGAGAUAGAGUUGAUGUUUGUAAGUCAUG